AUGAGAUAUAGAUAAUAUAAUCCAAAAUGCGGUGAAUAUCCUAUUCCUUAAAGCGACAGAGACUAAGGAAUUAAGUCUGAUUUACAUAUAUAUACAUAAUAUAAAAUUGAACCAGCUGAAACAUAUGUAGCCUAUGCUUCUUGGUGUUAAUUUUUGGAUGUUAUAGGGCCUACUCAUGGUUAAGUUAACUUCAAUUUAGGAUUAUUAGGAAGAAAAAAUAUGUAGGAUCCUGUUGAAUUUGAAGAUUUAAUGGAAAUAGUUAUCCAUGAAAUGACUCAUAUAUUAGGUUUUAGCGAUAGUGAUAUACCUAGAUGGGUAGAUUUAUAGGGACGUCCUCAUAAUAAUCCUCUUAUUAAAUUAAAUGUAAGAGGAACUCCAACUUUAGUAGUCAGAACUCCUCACGUUUUGAACUAUGCUCGAAGACCAGGCUGUGAACAUUUCAUGGGUAAAUGUUAUUCUACUAAAAGAGAAUUUUGUAAUCCUAAAACUGACGAUGGAUUAUGUUAUUAUUACCACCACGGAUAAUCUUCUUGUAGUGUUCGUAAAUUAAAUGAUCCUGGCUGCAAUACUUUAGAUACUUACGUAAAUUCAAAAUGCUGGGCUGUUAAAAGUAAUUAGAAGACCUAAAAAACAUAAGUAUAGUAAGAAGUUAAAUAUCGGAUUGAUUUGAAAUGUUUCAACGGAAAUAUAUCGGCUUAACAAUUACCAAAAAUGACAAUGACUAUAGACAAUCUAUAUAAAUAUGAAUGUGAUUCUACUAAAAUACAAAUGAAUAUUUGA